GGCGAUAGGGAGUCCGCGGUUCUAAGUUCAUAGUGAAAAAUGGCCGGCGCCAACGAUUGUUUCAGCAUCGGGAGUACCGUGGCCUGUAAAACCUGUUACAAGGAGGAGAUCGAAGGCGAGGUGCUAGCAUUCGAUCCACAAACUAAAAUGCUAAUCCUAAAAUGUCCGUCAUCCAGCGGAACACCAACUUUAAACGAUGUACACAUAGUAAAUUUAUCCUUGGUAUCAGAGGUCCAAGUAAAACGGGAAGUUAGCCCUACGACAAGUGAUCCACCACAAAGCCUUAAUUUACAAAAGCUGAACAGAAGAGUACGUAAUCAAAUAGAAGAGAAAAAAAAACUGGUAAUGGCUCUGCAGGCCGGAGUAUCUCCAGAAGGACAAAAACUCUUCAGUACUAUAUCAAAGACUAUCCCAGAAAUUACGUGGAGUGGAGCAAAUAUUGUUGUAUUUGACAAUGUCACAAUUAGACCGCCGUACAAAGUUGACAAUGUUCAUGGAAACACGGAAUCUGGAGCAUACAAACAUGUAAAGAAAGUGGUUGAAAAACACAUUAAAGAUACAGAAGCAUCGCAACAGGCACAACAGCGGGAACAACAACAACAGCAACAACAGCAGCAGCAGCAACAACAGAAGCAAAAAGGAGAAGUUCCAGUCUUUGAGGAAAAGUAGGAAAUGAUGAUAACAAGACACUAAGACGUAAAAAAAAAGCGCCACUGCAAACCUACUACAUAAGCCUAUCAAGAAAAACCAGCAUUACAAAUUAAGUUCAGAUUUAUUCAGAAUGAAAACGCACUUUACGGGAAUCAAGUGCAAAUCGAUUAUCGAAAUUUUAAAGGAAUAUCAGGCCCAUUGAUAAUAUAUCGUAUGAGCAGCAUUUUGUAAAUCUUUUCUUUUUUACCUCUUUUGAUUUUUUAGCAAAGAGCAUAAUCUUUGAUGAAGAAUGCUGUUUAUUUUAUAUAACAAGCUGCCAUACAACUUUAGAUUUUGCUGGAACUAUUGUUCAUACAUGUGCUCCGAUGCAGGUGUGUUUUAGUUUAGUUUAACAUUGUUACAAAAUAUGUUUAAUAGUUGUUUACAGAUUAUUGAUGAUGGUAGCAUGAUUCGAUUGCCAUACGAAUAUCAACUUUUUUAACUAAUGCAAAUCGGUGGUCACCAUAUAAUUUAAGUCCGUAUGAAACGGUUUAAUAUAUUUUUAACUACUACCACCAAUGAAAA